GUAUUUAUUUCAGGACAGGUGUUGGAUGGCCUUCCUCUGAGGCUGAUUACUUUGGUACAGAGAUGGUAAGAUCCAGGCUAUAGACAUCAUGGCAGACUCAGGACCCACGAUGUCCACCCCCUCUGUAGGAAAUGGUCCAGAUGAGGUCAAACCCAAUCCAGGCUCAGGUGUGAUUGUGGACCAGCCUGACAAUAUUGAGUAUGAACAGUCCCUCCAGAUUGUCUUGGGGACAGUGUGUGGAGUGGUUGGACUUCUAGGUCUUAUCAUUAUCAUCUCCCUACUGUACAAACUGUAUAAACGUCGUAACUCACCACGCCGGUCACCAGGUAAAUACAUCAUCAUCUCCCUACUGUACAAACUGUAUAAACGCCGCAAUUCACCAUGCAGGUCACCAGAUCAUCCUGAAGAGGAAUUAAGUAGCUCUAUUUCUAUAGAUCUGGACCAGAAACAGAUCCCAACAAUAUUGCUGCUGUAUGCCUACGACUGUGUGGCUCAUGAGAAGGUUGUGUCUGCCUUGGCUGGCUUCCUCAUUGACACCUGUAACUGUAAUGUACAUCUCGACAUAUUUGAGGACCAGAUCAUCCACGAGAGGGGGCUUGAUGAUUGGCUGGUAGAUAGGCUUCAGGAAGCUGAUUUUAUCAUAGUGUUAUGUUCUGUUGGAGCAAGACUGAGGUGCACAAAGAAGCGUGUCCGAUUUAAGUGUGAUCCUUAUCGCACCAUUCCAGAUUAUUUUGCAGUGGCUGUUGACUAUGUAGCAGAGAAAAUGAGAGUGGAGAGAAUGAAAGGUCUACCUAUGUCCCGCUUCAUAGUAGCCUACAUGGAUUAUUCUUAUAGUAGUGAUAUACCCCACCAGAUUGAAAUGGGGACAAAGUUUCACUUGAUGAAGGAUAUCACUAAACUUUUCUGUCAUGUACAUGGCAUGAAUAACACAGACAGUAGCAAGUUUGGUAACUUGCACCUAUCCAUGAUUGAUAAGUAUUACGAAAGCUCAGAAAAUGGGCUGGAGCUUCAGGUUGCUAUUGAAUCUGCCAAAGAGUUCUUCAAGUGCAAUCCAAAUUGGGUGGAGGACAGUAUGGAAGUUCUACCUCCACCUACCACCAAGUCAAAAUCACGUCCUGUGAGGAAAAGAUCCUUAGAGCCCUUAUUGGGGGAACCUCCAAAUGAUCCACGAAUGGUGGACACUAAAGUAGAUGUUCACAGACAAAACUUCUCCUCUCCUCAGCCAAGUGAACAAGAUCAAAUUUUCUCUUCACCUAAAACAUUGUCCAGGCAAACAGAUUCUUUCAAAAUGAAGAAUCGUUAUUCUGCAGACAUUGAGACAAUUCCUUGUAUCUUAUGUGGGCAGGUGGACCAUUAUAGUGAUAACUGCACCUGCAAAGGGAGAGAACAGAGAAAAAAUGCACAUGAUAACUUAAAUGAUGAUGAGGACAGUGAAUUUUUUUCUGUUCGUGUCAAGAGUCGAUCAAUGCCCACUAUGUGUAGCACAAGUUUGCAUAGCUCCCAAACAGUAUUUCAGGUUGAUGUCCAUAAGGAGUGGACAAUGAAUGAGGGUCAUAUGUCAGAUGAAGCUGAAUCUCAGGAAUACGAGUCGAGUCGCGACCUUGAUGACCUUGAGCGUGAUCUUCAGUCUAUUAUAUCUCCUAUGUCAACACAAACUAAGACCAUGUCCUUGCCAAUUCAUGGAAUGUAUGGACAACAAAUGCAAGUGCUUCCUGAAGUGUCCAAAUUUCCUGUCACUCAACAAAGCAGUUCAUCCUCAAGCAUGGGUUCCCUCCAGGAGCUGUGUUUGUGAGUGACAGGGAUCUUUCCAGGCAGGAAUAAAUUAUAGCCUUAGAAUAAAUAUGACAUUGGGUUGCACAUCAAGGGCUAUUGUACCGUGUAGAAAAAAUUAUGACGUGCAUAGUGCUAUAUUUUUCUUGAUAAAAUGAUUCCUUUUAAGCUAACUUAAAAUUGAAAAUGCAAAUUGAGAGAAAAAAAUAUGAUGUAGCAUACAUGAAAACAUCAUUCCUGUUUCUAAAUAAAAUAGGGUAUUUGUAGACAUGUUUUGAUGUACACUGUAGAAUUGUUGUGUGACCUUACACUUUCAUUAAGAGUUGCCUGCUCUACUGAUUUGCCAAUCACUCUAGAAAAUUAUUUGCAUGAUGCACUGGUUUAAUUUAUUACUAUGCAAUUUUCUAAAAUUUCUAUUGCAUGCACAAUUACUACUUAAUAAAUAUCAUAUAAAUAUUUAACAUUGAUAUACAUUUCAAGAGCUCAUUACUUUUUUUUUCAGUUAAGUUGUAGAACCAGUCUUUUGUAAAGGAACAGAAACUUUAAUUAAAUAUCUUAACCUUGCAAGCUACUGCUAGGAUAGCUGAACUGUGUGCAGUGUACAUCACUAAGUUAUAAUUUAAGGUAAAAUAGUGAUAAAUAAAAGGAACGGUGCUUGUAUGUCAUUUUUUUGACAAGCCUUUUUUUUUAAUUGACAAACAAAAGAAUUUUGAAUGAUUAAAUUUAGAUAAUUUACUUUUGAGGAAUAUAAAAGAAAGCUGUGCUUGUGUAGGCUGUGCAAUACACUGUUUUCUCUUGUAACAUUUGUGUUCAUAUACAUUUUUAUAUAGUUGUUUUAAGAAAGGCUGUGAAAAAGAUUUAAUCAUCUGUACUUAUGAUCUUUAUAUUCUUUUCCAUCGGUUGUUUUUUUCUGUUUUGGUUGGGCAUCAAAUUUGCCAUCUGAAGUAAAGGCAAUGUUUAUGCUGGUACUCUAAUCAAGAUUUUCCAGGUGCUUGUCAAAUAAUGACGAUCAUAAAGUCUAUGUAUAGCUCUUGAUUGUCAUAAGUUAUCAUAUGGCCUAUUGCAUCCCCACUUUAAUUUAUCUAGAUGAACGUCUCAUGUGAUUAAACCAUAGAUAUUUUCCCAGAUGUAAGGUGCUAAUAUAAUGCCUGCUUCCUGUACUGAUCUCUGAUUGACAGGAGGGGUGUUCAUCUCUGUGUGCUAGUCAAUAUAAGGAGAUAGCACUUUUGUCAAGAUUUGUGUAUGUGUAUCCAUCUGUAUGUCAAGUACUUACCCAAUUUUAUACAAAAUGUAGAAAUGUUACAUGUUGAUUUUCAUGUAAGGAAUCUAAAAUAUCUCCAAAGAAAACAAAAUUAGAAAAUCAAAUUUGAUGAAGUAAUGGUAUAUGUUAUUUACGCUCUAGCUCUGUUAAUCCAAGAACCAAAUUUAUCCUAUCAGUUGCACGUGUAUUACAAAUGUGUGUUUAGGUAGCAGUUUUAUCUAAAUGCUACUUAAUAAUAAUGCAUUCAGUAUCAACAUAUCAUAAAUCUCUUAUUCAUUGUACUAUCCUUAAAUGUCAUCUAUUUAUUGCAUUACGUCAACAGUUCUCUAUAAGCAUCAGGUUUAUGAUGAUAUUGUAUUAAUUAUGAGUCUGUGUUUGAUUCAGUGUGAAAAUUAUUGAUCUUCAUGUACAAUGCAAACAAAUAAGUAUUUAAUAAAUGACAAAAAUGUGGAA